AUGGAUGGAAGAUUUAAGUUAACCACAGUUGGUCGUGAACAUACACAUGACUUGAUUCCUAGUGACUCGCGGCAUUUUGCAAUGAAUAAGAGGAUUCUUACUCCUAUGAAGAGAAGACUAGAAAUAAACGAUGAAGCGGGGAUAGGGGUGGCUAGGAAUUUUCAUUCUAUAGUUGUUGAAGCAGGGGGAUACGAGACAUUAACAUUUGAUGAACAAGAUGCAAGGAAUGACAUUGAGAACACUAGAAGAUUGAGGCUUGGGAUAGGAGAUGUCGAAUCAGUUAGACUUUAUUUUUAUAGCAUACAACAACAAAAUUCCAACUUCUAUGCUGCAAUUGACUUCGAUGAAGAUGGUCGCAUGCGAAACUUGUUUUGGACGGAUGCAAGGAGUAGGGCAACUUAUAAAGCAUUUGCGGAUAAAUUGAGAGGAUAUUCCCAAUAUGAAGCCAUAAAGGUUGCUUUGCAAAAUGUGGUUUAUGAUUCUUUCACAAAAGAUGAAUUUGAUGAAGAAUGGCAAGCGAUGAUUGCAAAGUUCAAUCUUCAUGAUAACGAGUGGUUGGGAGUAUUAUACGGUGAGCGACAUAGGUGGAUUCCUACCUAUGUGAAAGACAUUUUUUGGGCUGACAUGUCAACUACACAACGAAGUGAGAGUAUGAAUGCAUUUUUUGAUGGAUAUGUAAACUCAAAGACAACUUUAAAGCAAUUUGUUGAACAGUAUAACAAUGCCUUGAGAAGUAAGGUGGAGAAGGAGACCAAAGUAGACUUCAAUUCUCGGAACAAAUUGUAUGAUUGCUUAACAGUAUAUGAGUUUGAGAAGCAAUUUCGUGCAGCCUACACUAAUGCAAAAUUUAAAGACGUUCAAGUAGAAUUGAAGCGACUAUUGUACUGUCAUGCGAAUCUUGUGAAAAAUGAGGGAUCAAUUUGUACUUAUCAUGUCAAGGAGACUGUUAUCGUCAAUGAUAAAAUGAAGAAAGUGGAAUUUGUUGUCUACUUUAAUUCAACCGAAAGUCAAAUCCAAUGUAUGUGUCAGUGGUUUGAGUUUAAGGGCAUUAUGUGUGCCCAUUCAUUUAAUGUGCUUAUUGAGAGGUGCAUAUAUAAGAUUCUAGAUACUUACAUUGUGCCGAGAUAG